GGGGUACUACGCUGCCGUCACUGGUGCCUUUCCGCACCUCCGCAGCAAGCCGCCCUAAAUAUCCGACGACAGCAUAUAUCUCAGCCUACUCGCCGUCUUUAGUCCGUGGGCGUAACUGGCCAUAUUCUUUCACUCUCAGUGUCUCUGCAAAUUCUCGCAAAGAGACUGAUAUCCGAGCCCAUCUGUUGAACGGGUGAUCUCUGCGCAAUCCCUUGAUCUAACCCCGCUAGGCUCUAAAUUCGCCAUGCCUUCACAAAUAGCUACGUGUUUGCGCCUGGCGCGGCAAUUUUCUGCUGAUCCAAGCAAGCAUCAGCGAUUCCUGGCACGCGCUUUCUCAAGCAGCAUCCGCCGCCCCGAAAUCAACAAGGUCGUUUCAUCUGCAGAUCUAGCAAUUAAGGACUUGAAAUCGAACUCGACCGUGUUGGCAGGUGGUUUUGGUCUUUGCGGUGUACCUGAUACUUUAAUCAAUGCGGUGCGAGCAAAUCCUUCCAUCACCGGAUUGACGGUAGUCAGCAACAAUGCCGGUGUUGAUGGAGCAGGCCUUGGCCUGCUUCUCCAAUCCAAACAAAUUAAAAAGAUGAUCGCCAGUUACGUGGGCGAAAACAAGACCUUCGAGCGCAUGUAUCUGACGGGGGAGAUUGAGUUGGAGUUGACUCCGCAGGGCACCUUGGCCGAGCGUUGCCGAUCUGGUGGUCACGGAAUCCCAGCCUUUUAUACCCCUGCCGCUUUUGGAACAGUUGUCCAGACAGGUGAGCUGCCUGUAAAGCAUAAUGCAGAUGGCACGGUCGCUCUCCGCAGUGAACCCCGCGAUGUCAAGGUCUUUGAUGGCAAGAGUUAUGUCAUGGAAGAGUCCAUCAAAGGUGAUUAUGCCUUUGUUAAGGCUUAUAAGGCGGAUAAGCUGGGAAACUGCCAGUUCCGCUAUGCAGCUCAGAACUUCAACGGUGCCAUGGGCCGUAAUGCUAAGAUGACAAUUGUUGAGGCUGAGCAUAUCGUCGAACCCGGCGAGAUUGAGCCUGCCGCUAUUCACCUGCCGGGUAUCUACGUUAAGCGCGUUAUUCAGAGCACGACACCGAAGAAUAUCGAGAAGUACACCUUUGCCAAGGAGGACGGCGAGGACUCUGCUGCCCUGGGCAAGGGCGAUACUGCCGCCAAACGUGAGCGUAUCGUCCGUCGUGCAGCUAAGGAGUUCAAAAACGGAAUGUACGCGAACCUGGGUAUUGGGAUGCCCAUGUUGGCCCCUAACUUCGUCGACCCUUCUGUGGAAGUUCAGCUCCAGUCUGAAAACGGCAUCCUAGGAUUGGGCCCCUACCCUAAGAAGGGACAAGAAGACCCGGAUCUUAUCAACGCUGGAAAAGAGACGGUGACCCUUGCACCUGGUGCGGCUUGCUUCGGCAGUGACGAGUCCUUCGGUAUGAUCCGUUCAGGAAGAAUCGAUUUGACUAUUCUGGGUGCUAUGCAGGUGAGCGCCAGAGGUGAUUUGGCCAACUGGAUGUUGCCCGGUAAGAUAAAGGGCUUUGGCGGUGCCAUGGAUCUAGUCUCCAACCCCUCCGCGACGAAGGUGGUUGUGACUAUGGAGCACACGGACAAGAAGGGCAACCCUAAGGUCGUCAAGCAGUGCGAGUUCCCCUUGACUGGAAAAACCUGUGUUAGCCGCAUCAUCACCGAGCUCUGCGUUUUCGAUGUUGACUUCACCGACGGGCUGACCCUAGUUGAGCUUGCCGAUGGCGUCACUGUUGAGGAAGUAAGGAGCAAGACGGAAGCCCCAUUCAAAGUUGCCGAUGAUGUGAAGCCCAUGUUGUAAUCAAACCCCAUUGACUCUUCAUUUGUUUAGCCGUCUGGUUUAUUACCAAUUUGCGAAAAUAAUCGGUAUUUAUGAGCGUAUAGUUUAUUGAAUCAUGUCGGGUAUGGAAGGUGCUGUAUAUACCCUUAUCUUGAGUUAUAUUUCAGAAAAAAAAGUUGAACAUAUUCCAUGACUCC